CUCUGGGACUGGGAUUAAGCGUCAUUCCUCCUCCUUCUCACCAGCAGACCCCUCGGGAAUGGUUUUCUCUUUCUCUAAUCUCGCCCGUCUGCUGCUGGCACUGCGCUCCUGCCUCUCCAAGUCCAUCUGUUCGGGUGAAAGUGGAUUUGCAGGGAUUUUCACACUGGCACGUUGGACCUCUGCUUGUAGCGUUGAAAAAGAAAGAUUGAAAGCAACCGCAGGCUUUAAGUAAAGGGUGGUUCAUACUUCAAUCGCUCGACCGGCGCUGAGGGAAAGAUGAUGUCACCAACCCUUCAUCUCUUGAUCGGAUUGCUCUGCCACGUGACAAGCCUUCUGAUUCCCAGCCACGCAGCUGCAGAAGGUGCCACCGAGCUGAGAUCUGCCUUCUCCGUGGCCAGGACCAGCAGCAUGGAGGGAGGACCCAAGAUGGUCAUCACCUUCGACAAGGUCUACGUCAAUAUCGGCCACGAUUUCGACCCCAAAACCGGGCUCUUCCGCUGCAGGGUCCCUGGGGCGUACUACUUCUCCUUCACGGUGGGCAAGUUCCCCAGGAAGAACCUCUCGGUGAUGCUGAUGAAAAACAAGAACGAGGUGCAGGUGAUCGUGUACGACGAGCACCAUGGCAAAGACAGGAAGGUGCAGAGCCAGAGUGCCAUGCUGCAGCUGGAGUUCGGUGACACGGUGUGGCUGCGCUUGCACGGGGACCCCAGAUACGCCCUCUACAGCAACACGGGCCCGUACACCACCUUCAACGGAUACCUCAUCUACCCCAACACCUAUUCCUACUUGGGGAACAGUCUGAGUGACCAAGAGUCAGCUGAUCAGCAGUCAAGCCAUGCCUCCAAUACCAAGGUUACUCCUGGAAAUAAAGACUGCACUCAGAAGGAGGAUCGUAUGCUCGCUGAUCAGCCGACCGCAGUGAUGGAGAAGGAAGAGGAAGAGGAAGAAGAAGAUGACCUCAGAUCUGCGUUCUCAGUGGCCAGGAGUCAGAGUGUCUUGGGAGAGGACCAGGGCAUAUUUCAACACAAGCCCAUGACGUUCGACACGGAUUUUGUGAAUAUCGGGGCUGACUUCAACACCAGCGCAGGUGAGUUCACCUGCCGUGUCCCGGGUGCUUACUACUUCUCCUUUACGAUCGGGAAGCUCCCGCACAAGACCAUGUCGGUGAAGCUCAUGAAAAACCACCUGGAAGUCCAGGCUAUGAUCUACGACGACAGCAGUUCCAAGAGGAGGGAGAUGCAGAGCCAGAGCCUGAUGCUUGCCCUGAAGAAAGGGGACACAGUCUGGCUCUACAGCCACCAGCACGAUGGCUACGGGGCCUACAGCAACCACGGAAAGUAUAUCACAUUCACAGGAUUCCUCGUCUACCCGGAGCUGACUCAGCACAGGCAGCAGAGACAGAAAAACUAAAUCGGAUGCCUUGAGAAACCCCUUAUUUAUGAAAAGAAAUUAAAGCGUGUCUGAUGUGAGCUUUCUUUUGUGUUUUGCUUUGUUUUGUUUGUUUUUAAUUCAGAAGCAUGUUUAAGACUUCCCAGAUGGCUGUUAUUAAGAUGAUGUUGGGUUUUUUUUUCGUAUUAUGAUGAGCAUGCUUAACAAACGUGACGCUAAGACUGACCGGAAGUGGGUUUUUUUUUGCCAUUAAUGCUGAUCAUCCAGAACUCUGUAAGGCAUUACAAAGCAGUGUCUGCUGUGUCAACCGAUCAAAGUGAAAAACGUCCCAGAUUAGCUGUUUUUCCACUUGGACGUCUCUGUCUUGUUUUUAAAUGCUGUGCUCGUAUAAAACUGAAAUACUUUUUAUUUUGUAAUGCAUUUGAAUAUUCUAAACCUAAACCUUCGAGUCUUGUUGUAGAUUUGUCUUACAAAACACCUAAAGGCAUUCAUCAGGAUUACACAAACUAGACUAGCAGUGAGAUGAAGUGCAGCCUCAUACUCAUUAUAGUACCUAACUGAGGAGAAGUCAUGUCUCAGCCUUUGUCUGGGAGGUGUAUAAUCCUUCUGUUAUCUAUUCAGGUUCUGUAGAUGAUUUCAACGCAGGCUCCUUUUCCGAAAUGAGACUGGUUUGAAAGAAGGAUUUACCUCUUCACGCAUCGCCAAGGUUCAGACACUGGGAGCGUGUCUACAUGCACGGUGCUAGCUCGAUGAAGUUUAAAAUGCUGUUAUUAAAUUAUUUACUGGAAGCUGUAUUAUAAGCAAAACAGUCAUUUUCAUUAAAAAAAACUACUUAAGGAAAAAAAGUAAUUUAUUUUAGCACUCAAUACAGAGUAAAACAGUGUGCUUUAUUAAAUAGCUUACACACACAAUUGUAAAAAUAGCAUAUAAUGCAGAACUACUGUUUCUCAUCAUUUCUAUAGGAAGGUGAAAUAUUAUAUCAUGGUAUAUGUGGUAAUUGGAAAAUUUGUACAUUUAAUAUUACAUGGUCAUGCACUAAAACAGAUAAUGCAUUUUGUAAGACAUGGAUAUACUGUAUGAUGCUCUUAUUUCCUGUGCAAAUGUCUUUCUCAUUAAUUGUUUGAUCCAAAAUGUACAAGCAUUUGAAGUUUUCCUUUUUGAAAUGCUAAGUUCUGACUGUAAAUGAGAUUUCAAAUAAAGGUGACUGUAACAAGACAAGUGCAGCAGAGCUGGACACAAAGGUAAA